AGGUGAUUCGGCCUAUGCUAGAACAGAUGAUUCCACCUAUGCUGCACAGUUCGCUAUCUUCCCCAUGUCAUGGAUUUUUGGUCAAGCGGAAUACUAGUCCAGCAGCAGGUGGAGGCAGAUCAUUGCAGUUAUGUCUGAUGAAAGGGUUGCCUUCAACCAUUUUCACACACAUCAACAUCAGAGCGGAGGACAGUUCCACGCUCCAAGUUGCGGUGUGCCAUGCCACAGUUCAGCACUCCAAGGUCACCAUGGGAGAUGGUCCCUCCUUGAAGGUCCAGCUAUGCGUCCUGAGGGGUGACUUUGAAAGUGAGGAUUGGACCGCUGUCCGCUGAGGAAUUCAAUUGCAACAUAGAAAGUCCAAGAGAAGGAAAAGGACCAUUGCUCAAGGGAGACACGGUUAUUACCAUGGAAAAUGGAGUUGGCUUUUUCAAGAAUGUUGAGUUUACUGAUAACUCUUGCUGGAGUUAGAGUACUGCAUUCGAAUUCUUCCCCUGUAGCAGACAUCAAAGAAGGAAGAAGUGAGCCUAUAAGGGUGAAGGAUAAGCGAGGAGUCGCAAAUCAGAAACCGGAUUGUCCUUCAUUAGAUGACAAGAUUAGUUGUCUGCAUAAGAUCUCCAAAAAUGGUCGAAUCUGCAGGCAGUUGUCAGACGACGGAAUUAAAACUGUCAAGGAUCUGUUGCGCCGGCACACAACUGACCAAGCUUCACUAAGACAGAAAAAUGGCAACAUUCCGGGAAAGUGUUGGGAGAAGAUUAUUGAGCAUGCCAAGUCUUGUGAGAUAGAUAAUAAUGAGCGCUACAUCUACCAGUAUUUCACAGGAACACCAGAGCAACCAAAAGCAAUAUCCCUGCUCUUAAAUUGCAUCUACGAGCCUGUGGCUCUUGCAUAUGAUGGCCAAAAUUUUAACAGUCUAGAGUCUUUGGAUGUGGAAAGCAAGCGUUGCGUGGAAACAAUAAAGCAGGAUGCGUACAAGAACCUGAAUGAUUUGAAACCAUUUGAAGCAAGUUCAGAAUGUGGUGUUGUAGGGGAAGGGCAAGGACAUAUGGUUCAACCGUGGGCAAUGACAGCAUCGUAUAUUGGUGGAGGCGAGCAAGUAGGGUGUUCCAGUCAACAACCGCUAUAUGAGGCCAAAUGGGAAGGAUACAUGAGUCCAUUACAGGUUGAUCAGUUUCUAAAUUACCCCUUGAACUUUGGAGGUGAUUAUGGGGCAAAAUCAUCCGACUAUUUAUUCACUAGCAGCUUUGAUAUGUAUUUGUCAAACAAAAAUGGGGGCAACACUCAGUGGGCUAAACUCCGAAAUGCUCUUAAAUGGACCAUACUCUAUGCCGCUAAUAGGAAGGCCAAGCUUCUUUCCCACUAUCACUAUUGAUUUGCUUCAUUACUUUAUUUUCUUGUGUCUGUAAGUGUUUUAAGCUGUAACGUAAAUAACCAUCCCUGAACCUAAACGGCUAAACCACGGUGUCGGUGAUGGUGUCUUUAGUAAUUCGUCUUGUCUAGUCUAGUCAGUUUCCUAUUUAUUCUUUUAUGUGAGUGAAUGUAAUUGUA